AUGGCUACCUUUGAGUUGCUCAAAGAGAAUUCUUACGGUGAUUUUCAACGUAAAUUAUACAAUAAAUUUUACCUUGUUGGGACGGCCGAUUUCAAACUCGUCCUCAUUCAAGAUAUAGAAAGAGCAUCUAAUCUCGAAGUCAGGAGCGAGUAUUAUACUGGGGAGUUUAUAAGCAAGUUUCAACACGGGUAUGUUGCUCCGCCCAUGAUUCGUUCUUAUGCGGUCAAUGUUCCACCAACUAUAACAUUUGGCACCUUUAAUGGUAUGAUUGGUGUGAUUGCUCCACUUCCACGGGAGCGGGUUGAAGAAGAAGUGACGAAGGCGACCGAUAACGAUGUUGUAGGGCUAUCUUACAAGGAAUGGAGACAAGUUAACCGCCAACCGGGGACACGGACCAGAUACUUUCUGGAUGGGGAUAUCAUGGAGCUGUUUCUUGGUCUUGAGGAGAGUAAGAGGAAUGAGAUUGCUGGCCGUGUGGGUGUGGAUUGUUCUGCAGACUUAUAUGAACAAGUACUCAAGUUGACCACCGUGUUGCACUGA